AUGGGACUCCUCCCGCCGCCCAUCCCGAUCCUGCUCUUCUGCCUGGCGAUAUCCACAUCGGUCAGCGGCUAUCUGAACAUUUUCAUCAGCCACCACGAGGUGAUGAAACUGAUGGGACUCGAGGCGGACCUGUUCUAUGUGCACGAGGGAGCCAUCAACACAUACGCGAUGCACUUCACCGUCCCAGUGCCUGCGGAUGUCCAUGAGCUGGAGUUCUCCUGGCAGAGUCUCAUCGCCUACCCGCUGCCGUAUGCCAUCAGUAUCGAGUACAACACCGACCAGGAGGCACUGGGCACGCCCACGCUGAGUAUUCCGCACAAGGGUCUGGUGCCGCAGGAGAUCGAGUCCUUCCUGGUCUACCUGCCCUGCACCGGAAAUGCGAGCCUGCAGAUGCCCGUCAAUGUCAACAUGGUGGUGCGAGCUCCACCCCGUUUCAACGACACCCGGCUCCACUUCAAGCGCAACAAGAUCUGCGCCAAAGGCAUCUCACCCGAGCCCAAUCAAUCGCCAGCCCCCGCCCACGCCCCCUCACAGGGACCCGCCCUCCUGAGUGCCGCCGCCUGUGCCCUGGGUUUGGUUUUGGCCGUGGGCCUGGUUGCCAGCAUGAUGUAUGUUAGGGCGCGCAAACAGCUUCGCCAGGACUCGCUACACACCAGUUUCACCACCGCAGCUUAUGGCAGCCACCAGAACGUGUUCAUCCGACUGGAUCCCCUGGGAAGACCCCCGAGUGCCACGGGAUCCUAUGCCACCAUAGCCAGCCUCAACAAAUACCCUGCGGAGAGCAAGAAGUCGUGCAGCAUAUUCGACCGUUUCAGGAGCUCACCCACUCCCACGCCCUACGCCACUGCCCUGCUGCCCAUGAACCUCGAACAGGCCGCAGAGACGAUUUACUCGAAGCCCGAGUCGAUCUGUCCCUCGAGGAUAUCCUACUACGCCUCCUCGCAACUGACCCAGGCCUGCAGUUUGUCAACGCCGAAGAGCAUUCGAAGCAAUGGCAAUGGUCAUUGCACUAGCGGAAGUGGCAGCUUGAGUCUUUUUGGGGGAAUCCCCACUGGCAGCACCAUCACAAUGGCCAGUCACGGGGACAAGGGAAACCAGAGGCUGCGACGCAUCCCGAGUGUCCAGCCCGGUGCCCUCAGCUACGAGGAGCUGGUCAAGGAGGGCACCUUCGGCAGGAUCUUCGCCGGCAAGCUGGGCGAGUCCUGCGAGGCGCUGGUGAAGACCGUCAUCGACGGUGCCUCGCUCACCCAGGUGGCCUGUCUGCUGCAGGACGCCUCGCUCCUGAUCGGCGUCAGCCACCAGCACAUCCUGGCCCCACUGCUGGCCAACACGGAGCUGCCGGGUCCGCCGGAGAUCGCCUAUCCCUAUCCGUCCAAGGGCAAUCUCAAAAUAUACUUGCAAAAGUCUCGGGAAUCGAGCACGGCACUAAGUACCCGGCAGCUGGUGGAGUUUGGACUGCACAUCACUAAGGGAUUGGCCUAUCUGCACUCCCUGGGAAUCGUCCACAAGGACAUUGCCACACGCAAUUGCUACCUUGACGAAGAGUCCUAUGUGAAGAUCUGCGAUAGCGCCCUGUCGCGCGAUCUCUUCCCAGACGAUUACGACUGUUUGGGUGACAACGAGAAUCGCCCCCUGAAGUGGCUAUCGCUGGAAUCGCUCCAAAAAAGGGUUUACGCCACCCAGGGGGAUGUGUGGGCGUUGGGCGUGACCUACUGGGAGCUGGUCACACUGGCCCAGAUGCCGCACGAGGAGGUGGACAUUUUCGAGCUUACCAAUUACUUGGCUGCCGGCUUUCGGCUGGAGCAGCCGGUCAACUGCCCAGAUGAAUUCUUUACCGUUAUGAACUGCUGCUGGCACAGCGAGGCCAAACAGCGACCUACGCCCUCACAGUUGCUCUCGUAUCUGCAGGACUUCCAUGCGGAUCUGGGCAUGUACAUCUAGAGGGUGAGACGAAGGACUGACGAAGGACGAGCGGUAACCAAGUGAAGUCGAGCGGAGCGAAGCCCAACAUAUAAAUUAAUUGAAACUUUUGCAUUUUAAAUGUGAGAUUAAAUGUGAAUUUACCUGUUAGAGUUUGGCGCAAAACCAAUUAGAAUGAAAGCCAGCUAACUUCAGAUACGUAAGCAACACGCCGAUACACAUACACACAAGUACACUGGGGUGAACCUCUACUAGUUGAAUAUAAUACUUUAAUAACAAAAAAAAUAGCUUAAGAUAAUGGAGACUGGGAGAAAAGGGCUUAGGAAAGAUCAUGUAAAAGAGGGGUACAGGCAAGGUCACACUGCGUAUGAGCAAUGCCUAAAUUUAAACAUCGAAUAUUUUAAGGUCACACUGCGUUUGUGUGAUACUGUUUAGCACCAAUGCACUGCCCUUUAAACCUAAAGUCACUCUGAAAAGAUAGUGUCAACCAAGGUCACACUGCGUAUGAGUGAUACUCAAGACCAACUCACUGCCCUCGACAACCGAUGCACUUCAAAAGUCAAAUAGCAACUGAGGUUCACCCAGCAAUAGAGCAGCUAUCAAUUUUCAACCCGCUGACACAAAAUGGCCCCCAGGCGGCACGUGGGUUAAACGUUAGAUAAAACUGACAUUUAAGUAGUUAGCAAUUGAAUAACAAACACUCACAAGCAGCGAAACACACACACCUACAGACAAACAUACACAAACCUUACAUGAUAAAUGAAUGUGAAUUAUUGAUGUGCAUAUUUUAUUGAAUGUGUGUAGUGUGUAAGCAAAAAGGACGAAGGAUUCAAGCGGGGGAGAGAUGCGACAACAGGAUGCGGAAUCUUUUGUUCACGAUUGUUGUCCUCGAGAUUGUUACGAAAGCGAUAUAUUUAUUUACCUUGAUUAUUAUUAUUACUAUUGCGUAUGUCAUAAGGGAGGAAGUUCAAAACAGAAUCUGAAUCAGGUGAAAAGGAGAAAGAGCAAAUGUUAAACCGAUGGCAAACAACCGAUAAACAUUAUUCACACCCACUACCACAGAAACACAAGCACACUUGCAGGCGUAGGGCUCCCCUUUAACCCCCUGAAAGCCGGACACCCUUUAGUCCCCUUAACCCUUAACUUGCUCCUCGCUCGCAUAGCGCUCUAAUUCAGUUUUGGAGAAACUUGUCGCAAUCGUUUCGUUGCUCAAUUAUUUCGAUGUCAAAGGACGAUGGCAGGACGUGCCAUAAAAUAUGCAAUAUGCAGCUGAGAUUUCGUUCAGUGCAUUUGUAGGUGUGUGUGCAACGCAUUUGUCUCCGAGCCAAAAUCCCCAGCUUAAGACAUCCGUGCAGUUUGUUUAUGCCUUUUAGUUGAAUUAGCCAAGAGUUGUUUAUGUUUGUGUCUCUCUGUUUCCAUUUCCCCAGAGUUAUGUAUUAAUUUGCAUUUCCGUUAGCCAAGUCAGGCGGCAACUUAAAGUUGUCAAGCCCCCAAAAACACCCAAACACUUGGAAAAUAUGCUGGGAUGGUUGAAGGUGUGACAAGAAAACUUGGAUGAUGAGAAUACUUAUUUUCCUUAUUUAAAUUUUACUAGAAACAGCUUCACCCAUCCCAAUAUAUUCUCUAAUUAGUAAAUAACUAAAGCAUUGCCGUUACCACUUAAACGUAGUUUCAAUGUUCUCUGUAAUAAUCAAACACAAAUGAAUCUGCAAAAUAAUGAAAAUAAAAUAAAGUACAGUCACGCACCGAAACAACUAAGGAUGAAAUAGAAAAUAGUUCCAAACUAAACAGCUGCUUAUUCGUCUAGCUACGUAAGCUGACUCCAGUAUUGUUUAUCUUUAAGCUUCGCACUCGACUAUGGAAACGUUACUAAAGCAAAUACUGAACUGCAAACUAUCAAAGCUCUCUGCAUUUAAUAAAUAUUCCCCACUAAAAACAAAAAAAAUAAAUAAAUAAGGCUGCCAGGCAGCUCCCACACAUACACAGACAAACACCCACACAAACACCUACAAUUAUCCUGUGGAGACAAGCAAAUUUCAAAUAGAUUAUAAAGCUAAGGAGAUGCCGCUCUUCAAUCAAAGGAGCAGCCCACUACUAUAACUAACUGAAUGUGUUUCAUGUUUAUAUAUGUGUACGUGAGUGUAUGUCUAUGACUAAACGUAUAUUUUGUCGUCAAAUUGAAAACUAACUGUAAAGGCUAUUAAGUGGAAAACAAAACCAAUACCAGCAAACGUGCAAAGCCCGGAAGGAAAAGGCUAAUACAAACACAAACACACACGCACACAGAUACACAAUCACACAGAUACACACUCACACUUCUAGACACACCCCAUAAACCACAAAGCAAAACAAAUUGUCAUUCACUCUACAUAUGUCUCACUCUUUAACUCUAUAUAGAUGUAUCUCUCUGUAUCCUACUUUUAGAUAUACUCUAGCGUAUGAUUGUAUGUGUAUACACAGAAACUCGAAACUAGUGCGUUUUUCGUCUAAAAAAA